AUGCCUCCAAAGAAAUCCAGUGAAAGUGGCGAAAAAGCUAAAAAUCAAACGAUCAUGGAUGCCUUUAGACAAAAUCAAGAUAAGUCAACUAAGAUAAAUAAAUCGAAAGGCAUCAGCGGUUCCAGCAAUACAAGUAAAUCAAAAGAACUAAUUGAAUCACUUAAAUGUAUCGAAAAUAUCCAAAAUGUUGAGGAUGUUAAAGCUUCUCUGUUAAUAAUGGCUAAAGCAAUAGAGUCAUUGUCAUGUGAUCAAGAAACUAGCAAGUCCACGUUGGAUAAUUUAACAAACGAUAUUGAUGAUCUAUCAGAACAUGUCAAUUAUCAACUCACAAGCUUAGAAGACAAUUUGGCUGCUCACAAGAAUGAUUCUGAGGAUAAAUUAAUGGCAUUAAAGGUAGCUACAGACAUCAGAUAUUCUAAACACUUUCUGAAAAUAUUUGUGAGAGAUGAUAAACGUAUGAAGGAUGUGACCAGAAUCAAUGCAAUUGCAGAAGCUACAAAAAUACUAAAUGAGUUAAAAUUAUCGCUUGGUUCAUCAAAAAUCGUGAGUGGUGAAACUCGAUUUGAGAAAAGAAAUCUGUUUGGGCCAGCUCGUUUCAUUAAACACAUUGUAGUAACAUUUAAUGACUUUGUCACAGCUGAAAGGAUUCUCUCUGACUUCCUGAUGAUGAAAAAAAAAAACACGAAAGAUAGUGCGAAUAAAGAUGGACAAAAUACUUUCGCCAGUAGUUCACUGAAUGAUAAGUAUUACUUGGAAAUCCCGUCUACCUAUGAGAUGCGGAAAAUAAUGUCAGUAUGUAGAGAGUUAAAGAACGAGGAGGACAUAGAAAAAAUUGUGUACGGUCCCGAAAGUGUCAAAGCUAUAAUGAAAAGGAAAAACAAAGAUGACACGAACGAAAUCCCAAAAAAAUACGAAGUGAGAAACUUUACUCAGAUAGACAAUAUGAGAAAGAAAUUUAACAUGAAAUUCAGUGACAUCCCAUCCAAGCAAAUAUAUACAAAAGAAUAUUGGCAGAAGAAAAACGAUAGCUAUAAAAAGGGAACUGGCAAAAGAAAGCGUGGCAAAUCGCUAGAGUACAACUCGGAAGCAAAAAGAGACAGAAUAGAUAUCAGGGGCACUCCUACUCAAUCUCUGGACUCGUCUAUGGAAUCAUUUAAAGAGAUAGACGAAUGA